AUGAAGCCCUUGAUCAUCAUCUAUGGAUCAACGGGCACUGGCAAGUCGGAUUUUGCCGUCGAGUUGGCGACGAGGUUCAACGGCGAGAUAAUCAACGCCGAUGCGAUGCAGAUGUACAAAGGUCUGCCCAUAAUAACUAACAAGCUUACUGCCAAGGAACAACGAGGGAUUCCGCACCAUAUACUUGGUAGCAUCGAGUUGGACGAGGACCCGUGGGUCGUGACACGAUUCAAGCGGGAGGCGACGAGGUUAAUAUCCGAGAUUCGUGCCCGCGAGAAACUUCCCAUUCUGGUCGGCGGCACUUCUUACUAUCUCGAUGGCCUUCUGUUUGAUAACAAAUUAGUCGAGAAAGAGGAACAAGAGUCGCCUGAAGGCUGGGUGUCGAAUCGCGAUCAACUGUCGGAUAAAUAUCCGAUCCUCAAGGGGCCGCCGGAUGCUAUACUUAAGAAGCUACGUGAAGUGGACCCCGUCAUGGCAGACAGGUGGCAUCCAAAUGACACCCGCAAGAUCCGCACUUCAUUAGAGAUAUACUUUGCCACGGGGCGGCGGGCCUCCGACAUAUACGCCGAGCAGCGAAGCAGGAGAGAAUCCAAAGUGGCGAACCAAGACCCGACUCCGAGACAAAAUCUUGGCGAAAUCCUAUUGUUUUGGUUAUAUGCUCGUCGCGAAGCUCUGGACGAGCGCCUCGACAAGCGCGUAGACAAAAUGGUGCAAAAUGGCCUCCUCGACGAGACAAAGGAGGUCUAUGACUAUCUGCAGCGGAGGCUUGCCUCUGGUGAGACUGUGGACCGCUCAAAGGGCAUCUGGCAGUCCAUUGGCUUCCGCCAAUUCGAGCCGUAUUUGCAGGCACUUAAGGAAACGCCCGAGAGCUCCGAAUUGAGGAAGCUUAAGCAAGCCGGCAUCGAGGAUACCAAGACGGCAACCCGCCAGUACGCCAAGUAUCAGGUCCGUUGGAUGACAUACAAAACCAUCUCGUCUCUACGGGAAGAGAAGCUACUGGAUAGGCUUUACCUCCUCGAUAGUACAGACAUCCAUCGCUGGAACGAAGAGGUGCUGGCGAAGGGCGUGGAGUUAGCAAGGCGGUUUCUCAACGAUGAGCAGCUUCCACUAGCCGUCGAUAUCUCCGAGACAGCUCGAGAUGUGUUGACGGACUCGGUCCAAAAAAGCAACCAACAGGCCACGCCAUGCCGCAAGACUUGUGAUUUUUGCAACAAGGUUUUCUUGACGGAAGAGCUAUGGCAGACGCACAUUCAUAGCAGAAAACAUCACAAGGUCGUUCGAGCAGCCAAGAAGAGGUCGCUUGUGCCAGCCCACUAUGCACCACCAAGAGCCCUGGUGGCAGUCGACACCCAUAUGUCAGAAGGCCACAGCAGUGGCAACGAAUCCUCUACGAGCUUGAACCCGCCAUGA